AUGGAUGAAAAACGAGAAGGAGGAGGUCAUGGGCUCUGCAUCGGGGAGGUUGACACUAGCCGAAUUGUUCAUAUUCAUUCUGUGAUCAUUCUUCGCCGGUCAGAUAAAAGAAAAGAUCGUGUGGAGAUUUCUCCUGAGCAACUUUCAGCUGCUUCGACAGAAGCAGAGAGAUUGGCUGAAUUAACAGGGCGGCCUAUGAGAGUUGUGGGGUGGUAUCAUUCUCAUCCACACAUAACAGUCUGGCCAUCGCAUGUCGAUGUUCGCACACAAGCAAUGUAUCAGAUGAUGGACCAAGGCUUUGUGGGGCUAAUAUUCUCCUGCUUCAUUGAAGACAAAAAUACAAAGACAGGACGGAUUCUGUACACUUGUUUCCAGUCCAUUCAAGCCCAAAAGAGCUCAGAGUAUGAAAGGAUUGAAAUUCCAAUUCAUGUCGUUCCCCAUAACACCAUUGGGAAAGUGUGUCUUGAAUCAGCUGUUGAGCUGCCCAAGAUCUUGUGUCAAGAAGAGCAGGAUGCUUAUAGGAAAAUCCACAGCCUUACUCAUCUAGACUCAAUUACGAAGAUACACAAUGGCUCAGUGUUCACUAAGAACCUCUGCAGCCAGAUGUCUGCCAUCAGUGGCCCACUCCUGCAGUGGCUGGAGGACCGUUUGGAGCAGAACAAACAGAGGAUGCUGGAACUGCAGCAGGAGAAAGAGGAGCUUCUCAAGGAACUGGCUGAACUGGAAUGAAGGCUUCAAGGCCUGGGGAGUGCAAAACAAGAACACGUUCCUAGGCUUGGCUCUCUCCUAACUUACUGCUUCUCCUAUGACUCUUUCCAUCUGUCAGUAAAUGCUGCUACAAAAUCAGAAGGAUCCCAGACCGGGGAAUAUCAGUGAGCAGAGCAAUGGACACAGGAGAAAGAUGCAAGUUAUUUUUUGUAGUUGAUGGACUUUCUUUUCUUAGACAAGAGUUCUUGAAUAUGUGUAUGUUUGAGUAAUACAGAUUUGGCAACCUUUGUCCUGAUAUGUAUCUGGUGGCAACUAAAUAGCUCAUGCUUACGUGUGGAUCAGCUAAAUUGGUGAUGCCAGAGAGAGGUCCUAUUCGUUCCCAUUUUAAAAAUAUUAUGUAUAAAAGCUGUUAAAACAUUCAGUUGGUGACACUUCAUAGAACAAAAUUUGGGUCUUUUCUCUAUCUUUAUAAAUAAAGUCAAAAUAAAGAGACUUUAUAACUGUA